CUGAUAUUCUCACAACUCGCUUCCGGAGAAGGCGGAGGCGACCCAAAUAAAUAGGCGUGGGGAAAUCAGAUUUACGCAAACAGCCGAGGGCGAAGGAAAAGGAAAAGGAGAGGCCAGGGCCAAGGCGACCGAGGCGAUGACUCCUUCGAGAGAGAGAUGACUCGAUUGAGAGAUGCGUCUCCGUCCCCAAUCGCAGCGGCGCGGCCAGCAUGUGCUUCGAGAAAUCAGGCCAUGCAAUAUCCAAGCUUUGAUGCCAAGCGAGGGCGUGCGUUAAAGGAGGCGAGGCUGGCGACUUGCGAGCCAUUGCGGCCCAACCAACGGCCGUGGCGGAGCUGGCGGCGCUGUCAAUUUCUACGUGUCGCUUGCAUCUUGGCGUCUUUUUUACGCUGGAUGCGCGCGUUGGUGAGGUUGUGGCGAGCACACAGAGUGGCGGGACCACCUUUUUUGGCCGUCGUCGAGAUCUUCGGGUCGGGUAGAUGCUAUGGAUCCGAAUCUACACUUUCUGCAAGUUUACGGAGCCCUCCUGUCUCCGAUGCGCCGGUUCCCUGGAGAUGGGAAUGUGGAAGUGGCCGGUUGCACCGGGGUCCUGGUCUUGGGCCUGGUUCCAUGGCUGAUGGGUUCCCGCCAUGGACGGGAUGCGUUCGUUCCAUCGGUCGACGUGCAUGGGCCGCAGAGCCUCAGCGCCCUGGACUAUCCCGUGAUGCAUGAGCCGAGUUUCCAGAAUCGGCAGUUUUUUUUUCCAUCUUGCAUCCAUCGUUGCGGCGCAUUGCGUCUUCGUCUGGUGAGCUGGCGGGGAGAUGGGUGGGAGUUCCGGUUGGCGAGGGCCCAGAUUGGCGGGUCAUCUCCGCGAACCUACAACCUCGCGGUUAAUAACGUAAAAAGUCGUGCGUUGGCUUCUCCGAGUUGGAUCAUAAGUGAGGGAUGUUCUUGCACGAUAAAAUGAAGUUUCCGGCAUGUUGGACAUGCUGCGGGUUCAUGCAUGCGGCCUAGCCUGGCCGUGUGGAGACAUCAAGCCGGGCACCGAGUUGAAUGAAUGAUAUGAUAUGACGGCACAAGAAUAGGAUUCCAUUAGAUGCGAAACUAGUCAC